UGCUGGCCUCUGGGUGCAGCUCACCGUCCAGUGACCGGAAGGCGCUUUUACUGUGUGCAGGAAGACUCUUUGUUUUCUACUUCAUUGUUAGUUGUGGUUUCUCCCUGUUUAUUUUUCUGAUCAGAGAGACAGCAAAGGAAAAGACACACUUCAUUUUGAAAAGCAACAGUGCUCCAGUUGGCCAAGAUGGAGGGGGACUACUUUGAGGAAGACAACGAAACCUCAUGUGAGUAUGCAGAGUGGGGACCUUCUUACUCACUCGUGCCCGUGCUCUACAUGGUCAUCUUCAUCCUGGGGCUGUCAGGGAACGGGCUCGUCAUCAUCACUGUAUGGAAGUCCGAGUCCAAGCGCCGGGCGGCUGAUGUCUACAUCGGACACUUGGCCCUGGCUGACCUCACGUUUGUGGUCACGCUGCCGCUGUGGGCGGUCUACACUGCCUUCGGCUACCACUGGCCCUUUGGCGUGGCUCUCUGCAAGAUCAGCAGCUAUGUGGUGCUGCUCAACAUGUACGCCAGUGUCUUCUGCCUCACCUGCAUGAGCUUCGACCGCUACCUGGCCAUCGUGCGACCGCUGCCGGCCGGUCGACCGCGCUCCAAGGGGACGAUGCUGGGCUCCCUGGGGGCCAUCUGGUUGCUGUCUGUCACCCUCGCCGCCCCCACGUUGCUCUUCCGCACCACUAUGAGUGAGUCACAUGACCGUAUCAUCUGCGCCAUGGACUUCAGUCCCGUGAUGACGGACCAAGGUCAGGAGGGAGCGUGGAUCGCCGGCCUCAGCCUCUCGUCCACGCUGCUGGGCUUCCUGCUGCCCUUCCUGGCCAUGACCAUCUGCUACUGUUUCAUUGGCCGUGCCAUAAGCCUCCAUUUCGGCGCCGUGCACAAGGAGGACCAGCGGCGCCGGCGGCUCCUGAAGAUCAUCAGCGCCCUGGUGGCCGUCUUCGCCGUCUGCUGGGCGCCCUUCCACAUGCUGAAGACCGCCGAUGCCCUGUCAUACCUCCAGCUGGCGCCCAACUCCUGCAGCUUCCUCAGCUGGCUGCUGAUGGCACUGCCCUACGCCACCUGCCUGGCCUACGUCAACAGCUGCCUCAACCCCUUCCUCUACGCCUUUUUCGACCUGCGCUUCCGCACCCAGUGCUUGCGGCUGCUGCGCUUGAGCAAGGAUGCCGAGGCUCCUGUGAGCUCCCAGUCAUCACAGGGCCAGAAGUGUGAGGGUCACACCGUGGCUACCAAGGUGUGAAUUGGUGAGCCUCAGGUGAG